AUGGACUCCCAAUCGCCAAACCCGCCCUAUGCAGUACCUCCACCGUUCUCCCCUCCUCUCUCUGCCCAUCGCUCCUCCGCCGACUCGCAAAAACCCGCUUCCAUCGACAUCGACAUGAUGAGAUCUGACGAUCGAUCCACCAGGGCGGGUAGUGUCCUCUCUGGCAUGUCAAUCGAAGACAUGGAAGCUGCAGAGACACUCAACAACCUCUCUCAGAAAUUCCAUUCCCCGAGACAGCCCCAUCAACAGCCCCCUACGCUCGUGCAAACGCAUACCACAUUUCACGACCACCAGUCUGAACCCCUGCUACGACUGUUCACCAGCCAGUAUCCAUGGACGAGACCACUGAUCGAUGGCUCCUUAUCUGCUUAUAAAACAACUCAGUCAUACAUACCCGGCGCCGAAUGGACUGAGAGAAACGUGGGCCUGCCUAUCGCGGGAACUAUGGCCAGAAUAUCAGGUGCGGAAGCUGGGCUACGCUGGGCAUUACAGCCCAAGCGUGACGGGAGAUCGCCAAUGAAGAACUCGGACGUGGAGAAGGGCUACUCUGAUACUGCCCCUGACGGCACGCGCCGACCAAAUUCUGAGAUGACUUGUUCCGAAACUCUUCCCGCCUACAAUGAUGGCGACCGCUCACCUCCCUACAGUGAACAACAAGUCCUGCUUCAGCGCCGCGAUGACCGUCAACCCCCACCAGGUUGGCGACAACAGCUUGUCGUGUCAACCAGCGGCCUGGGUAUUGCCAUGAGCGACGAGUCCAUCAGAAGUCUGAAAUACUGUUUGAGCUGGCUACGUUGGGCGAACGGCCACCUGGGCGAAGCUAUCCAGAACUUGAGGAAUCUUCUCGAGAGGUGGGAUGAAGGACUUACUCCUGGAGAACAGCCGCCGACCAUGUCUGUUGCCAACAUGACUCAAACGCAGGAAGAGAGGAGGCAAGCAGCUCUCUCCGCUCGCAUUGCGGCCCUCAAGGCCGAUGUUCUGCAGACCCUGAAGCACGUCGUGGGGAUAGUGUCCAACUAUGCCGGUGGCGCGUUGCCUCAAAACGCUCGAGAUCUUGUUCACAGACAUCUUACAAGUCUACCUCAACGGUUUAGCUUGGCGAAUAUGGAAGGCGAAGACCCAUCGGCCUACCCCAACGCAUCCGAGGCCGCCAAGAGCGGGAGACGAGUCAUGGUCCUGGCCCAAGAGGGACUGGAUAUGAUGACCCAAGUUAGCCGGGUGGUCAAUGAUACUCUGGUCAGCGCCGAAGGGUGGUGCGAGAAACUUGGGCGGAGAAGGAAUGACGAGCAACAGACGCAGCAGCAAUACGUGUUCGCCAUUGAGAAAAUGGAGACUGAACGUCGCGAUGGAGGGUCAAGAAGCGAAACGGUGCGAAGCGAGACGCUGGCGCCAAGUGAAAGUGAAAAGGAAAACGGGGAUACUAAGAUGACAAUGUAA